AUGAAUGCUGAUCAGAGUCUGAUGGCAGCUCUGUCUGAGAGCGUGUUGGCAGUCAACAUGUUACUGAGUGUCUUCUUUCUUCCAGGUGCUUUUGCUUAUUGUGGUGAUAUAAAACCAGGCCUCACAAUCACUGCACCAAAGAAGAUUGAAGCUCUGAGUGGAUCUUGUCUGCAAAUCCCAUGUAGCUUUAAUACAGAGGAUCCCAAAUAUGACAGUAAAAGAACUGUCACUGGUGUGUGGUUAAAAUAUCUUUCAGGUGAGGUUAUUUUCACAAGCAGUGGGUCAGUUAACACCUAUCGACUGGAAAUCAUUGGAGACCUGAGAGAGAAAAACUGCACCACUCUGUUUCCUGAUUUAAACAGAAGUUUGACAGACAAAUACUUCUUCAGAGUUGAGAACGGACCAUUCAGAUCAACAGCUUGUGAUGAUCCUCUUCACAUAACAGUUAAAGAUUCUCCUUGGAGUCCCAGCAUUAACAUCCCUGGUGAUCUGAAGGAGCAUCAGUCUGUCACUAUCAGCUGCUCAGCUUUGACUCCCUGUCCACACUCACCUCCUGAACUCACCUGGAAUCUCCAACAAGACUCUCACAGACAAACAGAGAAAAACACAGAGGGAACCUUAAAAACUAAAAUCCAGGAGACCAUCACUCUGUCAGACACACAUGAUGGAUACAACAUCAGCUGUUCUGCCACAUAUCCUGUGAAUGGAGGAAGCAAGACAGCAGAGACAGAAGUGACUCUCAGUGUUUCAUAUGCUCCUAAAGACACCUCAGCAUCCAUCAGUCCAUCAGGUUUGGUGUCAGCAGGUAGCUGGGUGGAGCUGAGCUGCUCCAGCAGAGCCAAGCCUCCCAUCAGCAGCUUCACCUGGUUCAGGAACAGCACAGAUGGAGUCAGAGAAGUUGCUUCAGGGGAUUUUUACAGCUUCAAAGUUGCUGAGGGAGGAGAGUAUUACUGUGUGGCUGCAAAUGAUCUGGGUGAUCAGAGAUCAUCAUCAAUCCUUCUUAUUAAAGGUCCUCAAGAUUAUGGACUCAGUUUCUGUGUUAGGGUGAAGACCCUGGCAAUUACAAUGCUCUACAGUACAAUCAUCAUCUCUGAGUGCUGGUUUAGAUUUUACAACAAACCAAACAAGCUACAGGACGAUGUCAACAUGAGUAAUUGAGAUCCAGGCAUCAUGAAGCCCAG